GUGCCGACGCCGAUAAGUCAGCUGUGGUCGGGUGGUUCAUUUAGUUCGUAUUUUAAAGCUUUACCUUAGAGUCACGUAGAUGUACCGGAAGUUAAUUUGACCAAAAUAACUGAGGUCCGAGCGGUAAAAGUUGUGUACCUACUUGAGUUGUGUUGUCAUCUGCCGGUUGACACACCGACCGUGUUUUCCCUCCAGUCAGCCGCCCUCCGGCUCUCCAAGCUGGGGUGGAAGUAGACGAUGUGGGUCUCCUCAGCAGAAGAUGGAGGAUUUAACCAGGGAUCAACAUGUCUGCUGUGACGGUGUGGCGCUACACCAGCGGCCGUGUCCUGGGAGGAUGGGGCCCGCUGCUGUGCGUCGCCCUCGGCUCGCUGGUGGCCCUCCUGAUGCCCCUGGUCGGGGUGGAGGACCGGUGCUGUGCCUCCCUGAAGGGCAUCGCUCAGCUCCGCUGCCAGCUGUGGGGGGGCUCACAGCAGCCUCCAGCUGUGCAGUCCACCAGCCUCACGGUCCCCUUCACUGCCCUUGAUCUGCUGCCUCAGAGGUCCAAACCGAGCAAAGAGAUGGAGCUGGAGGCCAAAGCGGCGCUGCAGCAGGCUCUGGAGAUGAAGAAACUUGGGAAAAGAGAGAAGGCUCACAAGCUGCUGGUUCAUGCGCUCAGCAUGAACCCAGACUUUGUGGAUGCCCUGACAGAGCUGGGGACCAUUCUGGAGGAGGAGAAGGACGUGGUCCAGGCCGACCACCUCUACACCAAGGCCUUGGCCAUCUCGCCGUGUAACGAGAGAGCUCUGGUCAGCCGAGACCGAACUCUUCCCCUGGUGGAAGAGAUUGACCAGCGUUAUUUUAGCAUCAUUGACAGUAAAGUGCAGCGGCUCAUGUCCAUUCCUAAAGGCAACUCCGCACUUCGCCGAGUGAUGGAGGAAACCUACUACCACCACAUCUACCACACGGUGGCCAUUGAAGGCAGCACGCUCACUCUGUCGGAGAUUCGCCACAUCAUUGAGACGCGCUAUGCCGUUCCUGGGAAGAGCCUUCAGGAGCAGAACGAGGCCAUCGGUGUGGACGCAGCCAUGAAGUACAUCAACACCACGCUGCUGUCCAGAUCAGGAGCCAUGACCGUCAACGACAUCCUGGAGAUUCACCGGCGGGUGCUCGGCUACGUGGACCCUGUGGAGGGAGGGAGGCUGAGAACCAACCAGGUGUUUGUGGGCCACCACAUCCCACCCCACCCUCAGGACCUGCAGCGACUCAUGCAGGAGCUGGUUCAGUGGCUCAACUCCGAUGACGCCCUGCAGCUGCACCCUGUGGAGUACGCGGCUCUCGCUCACUACAAGCUGGUGUACGUGCACCCGUUUGUGGACGGCAACGGACGCACAUCGCGGCUGCUCAUGAACCUUGUGCUCAUGCAGGCGAGAUACCCGCCGAUUACUAUCCGGAAAGAACAAAGGGCUGAAUAUUACGCAGCUCUAGACACGGCCAACGAGGGUGACGUUCGGCCCUUCAUCCGCUUUAUUGCCAAAUGUACAGAAAUAACAUUGGACACUCUGUUGAUUUCUACAACAGAGCACGCUGUGGGGCUGCCAGGAGCUGGCCAGGACCAGGCCUGUCCCGACUGCAAACAGACCAUCCCAGUCCAUAACUGAGCUGGGGAUGGGAGGAAAAAGGGAGCACGAGGCACCAGCAUGCAGGAAUAGAUGUCGAUUAAUCUACUAAUAACAAUCCCAUCAUACAGUGUGUUGCAUCACAUCAUCUCUUGGUCAUAUCCCACCUUGUCUGAGUUUGAGUUCAAUAGCUGCUGUAACUGCAAACUGCUGCAGAAUGUUGAACUGAAAUGGUUUUGUUGUGUUUAGGUUUGCUUUCAUACAAACACAUUUUCUGUACAAUUAAAAAAACAAAACAUUUUUCCACGUUUAACCGUAUUCAAGAGUUGAGGCGUUCUAAUUUAUCUCAGAAUCUACAAUCUGAAAUGUGACUACUGCUGAGGUGAAGAAAAAACAAGUUGUUUGAGCUUGAGUUGCGGUUUCCACUGCAGAUGUGUACAGUUUGUGAACGUUUAGUUUAUUAUCUAUGGAUAAAGAUGAUGUCAAACAACACUGCAAAGCACUUUCAUGUAUUUAUUUUCAAAUAAAAGUAAGCGUGCUGUUACCGUUCAUUAUGA